AUCUGAGAAAAAUGGCAAAACCGGAAAGUGAUUCUCGGCCUCUUCUCAGUCCUGAGCUAGAUCGUGAAGUAAAUACUGAACCACUGAAUAUCCAGUUUGAUCCAUCAGAUAUAAGAUCAAAAAGGCCUUUCUGUGUAGAGCCCACAAACAUCGUCAAUGUGAAUGAGGUCAUUCAGAGGGUUAGUGACCAUGCCUCUGCUAUGAACAAGAGGAUUCAUUACUACAGCCGGCUCUCUGCUCCUACAGACAAGGCACUGAUUGCCCCAGAUCAUGUAUUACCAGCUCCUGAACAGUGCUAUGUAUAUAGUCCAUUGGGCUCUGCUUAUAAACUUCAAAGGUAUACUGAAGGACAUGGAAAAAACACAAGCUUAGUAACCAUUUUUAUGAUAUGGAAUACCAUGAUGGGAACAUCUAUACUAAGUAUUCCUUGGGGCAUAAAACAGGCAGGAUUUACUACUGGAAUAUGUGUCAUCUUACUGAUGGGCCUUUUAACACUUUAUUGCUGCUAUAGAGUACUGAAAUCACGUUGUAUGAUAACAUCAGUAGAUACCACUACCUGGGAAUACCCCGAUGUCUGCAGACACUAUUUUGGCUCUUUUGGACAAUGGUCAAGUCUCCUUUUCUCAAUGGUCUCCCUCAUUGGAGCAAUGAUAGUUUAUUGGGUGCUUAUGUCAAAUUUUCUUUUCAAUACUGGAAAGUUUAUUUUUAAUUUUAUUCAUCAUAUUAAUGAUACUGACACUAUACUGAGUACCAAUGGUAGCAACCCUGUGAUUUGUCCUAGUGCUGCAAGUGGUGGUCCUGACAACACCUCUACGAUCUUCUACACCAAUGACACCGAACUCCAGCAGUUUGAAAUGUGGUGGAAUAAAUCCAAGACAGUGCCCUUUUACCUCAUAGGGCUUCUCCUGCCACUGCUCAAUUUCAAAUCACCUUCAUUUUUUGCAAAAUUUAAUAUCCUAGGCACAGUAGCUGUUAUCUAUUUGAUUUUUCUUGUCACCUUAAAGGCUUGCCAAUUGGGAUUUCAUUUGGAAUUUCACUGGUUUGAACAAACAGAAUUUUUUGUACCAGAGAUUAGAUUUCAAUUUCCACAAUUGACUGGAGUACUCACCCUUGCUUUCUUUAUUCAUAAUUGUGUUAUCACACUCUUGAAAAACAACAAGAACCAAGAAAACAAUGUGAGGGACUUAUCUAUUGCUUAUCUGCUGGUGACAUUAACUUAUCUCUAUAUUGGAGUCCUGGUUUUUGCUUCAUUUCCUUCACCACCACUAUCCAAAGAUUGUAUAGAACAGAAUUUUCUAGACAACUUCCCUAGCAGUGACAUCCUGUCCUUCAUUGCAAGGAUAUUCCUGCUGUUCCAGAUGAUGACUGUAUACCCACUCUUAGGCUACUUGGCUCGAGUCCAGCUCCUGGGCCAUAUCUUCGGUGACAUUUAUCCUAGCAUAUUCCAUGUGCUGAUUCUCAAUCUGCUUAUUGUGGGAGCUGGAGUGAUCAUGGCAUGUUUUUACCCGAACAUUGGAGGAAUCAUUAGAUAUUCAGGAGCAGCAUGUGGCCUGGCCUUCGUAUUCAUAUAUCCAUCUCUCACUUAUAUAAUUUCCCUCUACCAAGAAGAGCGGCUGACGUGGCCCAAGUUAAUCUUUCAUAUCUUCCUUAUCAUUUUGGGCCUUGCUAACCUGAUUGUUCAGUUUUUUAUGUGAAAUACUCAACUGUCUUCUGAGGAUCCUUUGUAGUAUUUUAAACUUUGACAACAGUACUUGUAAAUGCUAUUGUUGCUAUAAUUCUAAAUGUUUUUCCUAAGAUAAUUUGAAAACAAGAAAAAAAUCAAGGUGUAUUAAUUAAAUUGUUUAGGAUGGGAAAAGGGAUAAUGAGAAUUAUCUUUGACAUUACUGUUUCAUAUGUACUCUUUAUUCUCCUACUGAUAUGCAUACUCAUAUGCACCUAUCAUCACUCAUUCUCACUGUCUUUUCUCAGCCUUUGGAAGAAAGACAUACUGGGUUUUGCUUCUAAAGGUAGAAGAUGGGUAGGUUUUGGGGGGGCUACAAUUAAGAUACUCAGGGUAUCACAGCAACUAUUGCCAUAUCUUAUUUCUACUCAGUUUCAGUGUAUUCACUUCCAUUUACUUCCUCCGUUGCUGCCGUUUGCCUCAUACAUUUACUGAUUGGGACAGUAAAUCAAAUACCUCGUUUUUAGAAAUGAAGUCUCCAGGACAUCAGUGUUAAUAUAGUGAACUGUUAAUUGUGUCCUUGACUGCUGUUUUUUAAAGUACAGGCCCUGGGUGGUCAUGAAACUUAAUGCUCAAUAAAUAAACUCUAGGAGAGUUUGUUACUGUUCUACCGACUCCUUUUGUUUCUAA